AUGGGCGACGGCAGCAUGGUCUACGAAUCGGAAACCAUCAACGGGCGGGUUGUUAACUACCGCGACGCCGGACCGCCUACGUUCCAGUGGGACGAGGUUCGACCAGAAGCCGGGCACGGCUGGGCUGGUCACGCCAUUUACGCCGCUUACAACGACGAGAUUAAGGAACAGGAAGAAGUGCCGGACGACAACGAGUGGUCCAGGUCCCUCAGAGAGGUCGAGUCGCACUAUGUUUUGUACGAACAAUGGCAUAACCAGAACCCUCCGCCCGAGUCACACGAUGAGAACCGACAGGAUCUGCGGGCUGCUGCAGGCGGCGAGGCGACUCGUUAG